AUGACAUCUCCGAUCAGUAACGAUUCAUUCCUACAGUGGGAUGCUGCUCAGGUAUCUACAUAUAUAGGCUCAAUCUUGCCUAGUGAUCAACGACGCAUAGGCAAUGUGUUUUUAGAUAACAAUAUUGAUGGAUCAUUGUUGCCAUUUAUAACAACAGAACAUUUGAAAGAAAUUGGGAUCAUAUCUUUACAAACUAGACUUGUGAUUAAAAAGGGGAUCAGUGAUUUGAUUUCAGCUCAUUACCAGAAGAAUCCACCUAGAUCGAUGCAUGAUCCGGAGUAUAAGUUCAAUCAUAUUAAUAUCAACAGUAACUACACAUCAGUGGAGACAUUAAAUUUUUCAACAAUGUUGAUGCAGGAUAUGAUGAAAAAGUUCAAUUUUGACUUAGAAGAGCAGAGAUCAAUAAUUGCAUCAUCGUCCCCAAUUUCCCCUACGCACGAUGAGAUGAAAAGAUUGAAUGACAAUUUUAUAAAGUUAAAGACAGAUUUAAUACCAAUUAUCAGACUUUUGAAGGAUUCAAAACCCUUACCAACCCCAACAUUGGAUCCUGGCCCAGCAGCAUCGAUGGACUCGCCAUCAUAUUUUUCUACACAUCAUACUAUUGAUCACGAAACACCGGAGAAGGGUUUAUCACGGUCUGCUAGUGGUAACCACGACCACUAUGGAAGUAAUAAUAUUAACAGCAACAACAACGGUAACACCAGCAGGAGUUCUACUAGUAUGCCAAGUCCAGCAUCAAAUCGAUUUUCAUCUGGAUCGUUAUUGUCUAUGGGAACUGGGAAAAUUGUAUCACAAUCGAUACCCAAAUACUCCGAAAACAAAAUGGCAAACGAGUUCAAGUUACAAAAAGUGGGUAUUCCUCGAAGCAGUUCAAAUAAGAGUUUAGAGACACAUGACCGACAACAACCAAGUGCUAAUACUUUAAGACCAAGGUUGAUUGAUAACAAAUCGUCACCAUCAAUGCACACAGUUGGAUCACCAAUUGGUAUUCCACCAUCUGCGUCCACUUCUAUUGCAAAUGGCCAUACUGGAAGUGGCUAUGUACCACAAGUUGCUACACCACCAUCGCACCAGCAGAUGCCACCACCAAUGAAUCAUCAUCAUCAUCAUCACCAACAACAACAGCCACCACCGCCACCACAGUCACACUCGUAUCAACAGAAUACCGGCUCAGAACCAUUGAAACAGCUUAGAGCUUCUACUGAUGAUUCGUGUUUGAAGAUUUUGCAACAAGCUAUGAAGCGUCAUCAUAUACCUAGAGAUGAUUGGUCAAGAUAUGUCUUGGUUAUUUGUUAUGGAGAUAAAGAAAGGAUCUUGAAGCUUGCAGAGAAACCUGUUGUAAUAUUCAAAGAGCUACAGGAGUUAGGUAAACAUCCAGCCAUUAUGCUUCGACAAUUAGCAGACACUACUAACUCAGACAAGGACAGCGAAAGUGCUAUUUAUGAUGAUGCAAGAAUUGGUUCAGAUAUACCUGGAGGAACAUUGUAA